AUGAGCGAGAAUUCUCGACAGGCUCAAUUGGUCGAGUCAUUCAAGAAUGCCAUCAAUAUCGAACAAAAGUCUGAUGUUCUUGUGACCAAUUCAUAUUUAACCUCAUAUCCGCCAAAACAAUUAGCCCGCUUAGGCCUUGCUGUUGUCAAUUUGAUAGUCAACAAUGUUCGAACUGGUCUUGGUGGCAAAACGAUAAUCGAAUUGGGUGUAGACCCUGCUCUCAAAAAGGAUUCUUCGGAUGAAAUCCAAGUGGGUACACUUAGAGUAGGAGAUAUAAAAGCAUUGGCUAAUUCGUCUAAGAAGAAAGAAAAUGUCAAAACGGAUUUAACAGACGAAUCUCUAGAUGCCGUAGUAAUUAAGAUGAACCAGACUUCAAUUGCUGUUUCAGUCGAAGAGGACUCUACGGACGAAAAAGUGCUUAAUUUAUACAACAACUCUUCCAACGAUAAUACUCGAAUGUGGUUGGUCAAGCUUUCUAACUCUAUUACGUACAAGAGGUUGAUAUCGACGAUGAACAAAUUGGGCGAGAUGGGUGACUCAGAGAAGAACUACAUCACCAGACUUUUAUUGGGAGAAUCGGUGUAUUCUCCUCUAGUGAAAGUGACCAAAAUGGCCGAUGACUUGUUUUUCAAUAAUCAACUUAAUCAAUCCCAGAAGGAUGCUAUUAGUUUUGCAGUAAACGAUUCUCCAAUAACAAUCAUCCACGGGCCUCCUGGCACAGGAAAAACAUACACUUUGAUAGAGUUGAUCAAACAGUUGGUCUUCAAUCAUGGAGAAAAGGUCUUGGUCUGUGGACCAUCCAACAUUUCUGUAGAUACAAUUUUGGAAAGGCUAUCGCCAGUAUUCAGAGGUGGACUUAUUAGAAUAGGCCAUCCCGCACGUUUGCUAGCUGGUAAUCUUCAGCACUCUUUAGAUAUUCUCUCUAAAACCAAUUAUGGUGGAGGAGAAAGUAGUGGAAACAAGGAAAUCCUUAGAGACAUAGAAAAGGAUAUUGGUGAGACUUUAGGCAAGAUCAAGAAGAGCAAACGAUACGCAGAGAGAAGAGCUUUGUGGGCAGAUCUAAAAGUGCUCAAGAAAGAAUUACGAGUUCGAGAGAAGAAAAUAGUUCUGGAUCUCUUGCUCCAUGCCGACGUUAUAUUGAGUACAUUGCAUGGUGCUGGGGCAUAUGAAUUAACUUCGCUAUAUAAGGAAGAAUCUCAAAAUUUUGGUGCUGACAAUCCGUUUUUUGACACAAUAAUAAUAGAUGAAGUUUCACAAUCACUAGAGCCACAAUGCUGGAUUCCACUUGUGAAUCAUCUAGGGUUCAAGAGGUUGGUGAUCGCCGGUGACAAUAUGCAACUACCCCCUACAGUCAAGUCUAAAGAUGAAAUAGAAUCCUUGAUCAGCUCCAUGUCCUUGGAACAAUCCAAGGUUGCGAACUUGGAGCAUACAUUGUUUGAUAGAUUAGUACAAGAUCAUAAUGGAGAUGCCUUUAAGAAAUUGUUGGAUACCCAAUACCGAAUGAAUGAAAAUAUUAUGAAAUUUCCAUCAAGGGAACUUUACGAAGAGAAAUUGCGAGCGCAUGAAUCGGUUAGAGACAUUUCAUUACUCGACUUGAAGGGAGUAGCAGAUAGCGAUGAGACCAGGGCCAUGUGCAUUUGGUACGAUACACAGGGUGGUGAUUUUCCGGAAAAAUCCAGUGAUGAAGAUGCAAAAAGUCUAGCUGACUCUACAGGAUCAAAAUUCAACGAGAUGGAAGCACUCGUAGUCACCCAGCAUAUUAAAAAAUUACUUGAAUCAGGAGUUGCACCAGAGCAUAUUGGGGUUAUUUCGCCAUACAAUGCGCAGGUAAGUGUUUUGAAGAAAAUAAUCCAGAAAGGAGGAAGCCGAAUCGAGAUCUCUACGGUCGAUGGGUUCCAGGGCAGAGAAAAGGAAGUGAUUAUCAUCUCGCUUGUAAGAAGCAACGACAACCGUGAGAUCGGGUUUCUCAAAGAUAAACGUAGAUUAAACGUAGCUAUGACUCGGCCCAAGCGGCAGUUGUGUGUAAUUGGCGAUUUGGAAUUAAUGAGCACAUGUGGUGUGAAGUUCCUUCACAACUGGUGCCAGUUUGUGGAAGGCUCUGGAGACCAAACAGAAUUUGAGAUUAUUUAUCCCGAUCUUGGAGACUUCUAG